UCGAUAUACCACUAUAUAAAUACAAAUUCACGUUCUCGCCGGUUUAGUAAUUAAAACAAAUUCUGAUAUCGCGACAAUUGAAACCUCCGAGAUAACGAAAUUCGGCGAGAUUAUACCGAUACAUCAUACGAGCAACGGCGAGAGAACGAUCAGAACAACAUGAUACGGCGGCAGAGGCGGUUAACUUGACUCGUACUAUACAUUUUUAUUUUUAAUUGUUUAAAUUACUGGACGAGUGACCGGAAUUAUCGACCUUGCGCUGGUGUGCUUCUGAAGCAUGGAUCAGACCAAGAAACACGUGAAGGCUUCGCCGGAAGAAAAGGCUAACGUGUUUUCAAAGAUUUUUUAUUGGUGGUAUUUACCCUUCUAUUACUUCGGCUACAAAAACGACAUUCAACUCAAAGACUUAUACAAUGCAUCGAAAACGGACCUUUCGGAAGUUUGGGGCGAUAGGCUACAAACGAAUUGGGAAAAGGAGCUAAAGAAGGACACACCGAGCCUGAAACGUGCAAUUUUCCGUACGUUCGUCAGGUCGUAUUCGCUAUCAGGAAUGGGACAAUUUAUACAAUUUAACAUAAUGAAAAUGAUUCUACCGGUGGUGCUGGCCGAAUACAUAAACUAUUUCGAUCAUUCCAAAGAUACCGACGUGAAAAUGGGCUAUUUCUGGGCGACGUCGGUGGUCGUCGUCUCGUUCUUAAUCGUCGUUUGCAAUCACGGCUCGGCCCUGUCGGCCCAAAGGGUCGGAAUGAGGACGCGAGUGGCCGUCUGCUCGCUGAUGUACAGAAAACUGUUGAAAUUGGACCACAAGUCGCUGGGACAAACGGCCACCGGCCAGCUGGUCAAUCUCAUGUCGAACGACGUCCAACGGUUCGAUCUGGCGUCGCUCUGCCUGCACUUUUCCUGGCUGAUGCCCAUUAACCUGGUGAUAUCCUUCUACAUCAUGUACCGGAGCAUCGGAAUCGUCGCCGCGGCCGCCGGAAUGGGCGCCAUCAUCUUGGAGUCCAUACCCAUACAAGGUUACAUGUCGAAGUUGCAGGGCAAGUUCCGGUACCAAAUCGCCUUCAAGACGGACAGACGGGUGAAGCUGAUGGACGAAAUCACGUCGGGCAUACAAGUGAUCAAGAUGUACGCGUGGGAGAAACCGUUCGAAAAAAUGGUGGUGUUGUCUAGAAAGUUAGAGAUCAACUUCAUCAGGAAGACCUCCUACAUCUACGGAAUGUUGACUUCGAUGUCCGUGUUCACGGAGCGAUUAAGUUUAUACAUUGCUGUGAUAACGUUUGUGUUGAUAGGAAAGACUAUAACAGGAGACGUCAUAUUUUCCAUGGCGCAAUUAUUCAAUACCGUCCAAUUGACGCUGUGCAUAUAUUUCCCCAGGUGUCUGUCCUAUUACGCCGAAGCCAGCGUGUCGAUAGGAAGAAUCGAAAAGUUCCUGAUGCUGGACGAAAUCGACACCGUGAACCGCAUCAAGACCAUCAGCGACGGCGAAGUGGGCGAAAUCGAACUCAAAGGCGUGUCGGCCAGCUGGAAGGCCGACUCCAUCGCCCCGACGCUCGUCGACCUCACCUUCCGCAUCAAGCCGGGCACGCUGUGCUGCGUGGUCGGCAACGUGGGCGCCGGCAAAAGCAGCAUCCUGCAAUUGCUGCUCAAAGAACUGACCGUCAAGUCGGGCGUAAUGACCGCCAACGGGAAGAUCGCCUUCGCCUCGCAGGAACCCUGGCUGUUCGUGUCCAGCGUGAGGAACAACAUCUUGUUCGGGAAGCCUUACGACAGAGAAAGGUAUAGGGAAGUUGUGAGAGUGUGCUCGUUGAUCAAGGACUUCCAGCAGUUUCCCUUCAGAGAUAAGACGUUGGUGGGAGAGAGGGGUGUAUCGUUGAGCGGUGGCCAGAGGGCUAGAGUGAAUUUGGCCAGAGCCGUUUACAGCGAAGCUGAUAUUUAUUUAUUCGACGAUCCUUUAUCGGCGGUGGACACCAAAGUCGCGAGGCAUCUAUUCGACGAAUGUUUCAAGAAAUAUUUAAGCGGCAAAACGAGAAUUCUGGUGACGCAUCAAUUGCAAUUCAUGAAGAAAGCGGACGUUAUCAUCAUCGUAAACAACGGAAAGAUCGAGAAGAUCGGAGAGUUCGAGCAACUGUCCCAAAACGACUUGAACAUCAUACAACAGGAGGCGGAAGAUGCGGCCAAGAAGGAGUUGAAGAAAGCGGAAGAAAAAGAGAAAAUCGAAGCCGAGGCAGUUACUAAAAAACUCAACAUCUUCCAAUCUGACAUGUCUCUUACAUCAAAAGCAGGUGACGAUUCAGAAGAAAAGGACGAAUUAAUCGAAAAAGGUGACAUUAAAACUGAGACUUACAUUGCCUACUGGAAAGCCGGCGCCGGGUGGUUUUUCCUUCUAUUGACCCUAUUGAUGUUCUUCGUGGCUCAAAUAGCUUCCAACGCUUCCGAUUUGUGGUUAACCCAUUGGACCAACAUGGAAAAACUACGAACCGACAUGUUCGAGGAUAAAAUCACCUCGGGCGACAGAGAAAUCUUCGUGAUAAACUCCACAUUCGACGACGAUCUGCCGAAAAUAGCAUCCCAAAACGCCACGUUCGUUUUCCUGAACGAAACCGUCAACAUGAUACUGGACGCGACCUCUUUGCUCGACACCGAAAUCAAACCGAGGGACUACUACAUGUGGAUUUACACCAUUUUCAUCUUCGGCUCGGUGUUCUUCCUGACGCUCAGAUCCUUCUUGUAUUACAACAUUUGCAUGAAAGCCUCGAAGGUUCUCCACAAUACCAUGUUCAGUAACGUCCUGCAAGCGCCGAUGAGGUUCUUCGACACCAACGCAUCAGGUCGAAUUCUCAGCCGUUUUUCGAAAGACAUGGGCGUACUGGAUGAACUUCUCCCUCGCAGUUUAAUCGAUACUAUUCAAGUAUUCAUGUUGAUGACGGGUAUUUUAAUCAUGGUGUUCAUAGUAACUCCCUGGAUGAUCGGUCCCACUAUUGUGUUGGGAAUAAUGUUUUAUUGGUUUAGAGUGGUGUAUCUGAAGACAGCGCAGGCCGUUAAAAGAUUAGAGGGAACAACCAGAGCACCUGUAUUUUCCCACGUAUCAGCUACACUCUACGGCAUAUCCACGAUCAGAUCGGCCAGCGCCCAGCAAAUGGUCACGAAAGAAUUCGACAUAUUGCAAAACCAGCACACGAGCACUUGGUUUCUGUUUCUAGUGAGCAGCAUUUCCUUCGGUUUUUACCUCGACGUGAUAAGUACCACUUUCCUGGCUUUGCUCGCCUAUCAAUUCGUCUUCUUCGACAACGGGGAGUCUUACAGCGGCAACGUCGGCCUGGUGAUAUCCCAAAGUUUGAUUUUAACCGGUAUGUUGCAAUAUGGCGUCCGGCAAAGCGCGGAAGCGGCCAGUAACAUGAUCAGCGUGGAAAGAAUAAUGCAAUAUACGACGUUGGAUAGGGAAGGACCCUUCGAAACGAUCGGUAACAAACCGCCGAGAGACUGGCCUAGCAAAGGAAGGAUUGUAUUCAAGAAUACGUUCCUCAGAUACGCCAAGGAGUUGCCGCCGGUAUUGAAAAACCUCAACAUCAGUAUUGAAUCGGCCGAGAAGAUCGGUAUAGUGGGAAGGACGGGUGCUGGUAAAUCGACAUUGAUAGCCUCGUUGUUUAGACUAGCGCCCAUAGACGGUACGAUUUCUAUAGACGAUGUGGAUACCAGUAAAAUCGGUUUGACCGAUUUGAGAUCGAACAUUUCGAUCAUCCCGCAAGAGCCGGUGCUGUUCUCGGCUUCCCUCAGAUACAAUUUGGAUCCUUUCGAGAAGCACUCAGACGAGGUUUUGUGGAACGCAUUAGAAUAUGUGGAAUUAAAGACAGCCUUUGCUGAUCUCAAUAUAACAAUCAGCGAAGGUGGAUCAAACCUAAGCGCUGGACAAAGACAACUAAUAUGCUUAGCGAGAGCUAUAGUGAAAAACAAUAAAGUUUUAGUAAUGGAUGAAGCCACAGCCAACGUCGAUCCACAAACUGAUGCUCUUAUUCAAAAGACAAUUCGCGAGAGAUUCAAAGACUGUACAGUACUUACGAUUGCUCACCGACUUAACACGAUCAUGGACUCGGACAGAGUGUUGGUUAUGGACGCGGGGGAGGCCAUGGAAUUCGAUCAGCCGUACGUCUUGCUGCAGAACCCAGAGAGUUUCUUUUCGAAUAUGUUGAAGGAGACCGGGCCGGUCAUGGAGGAGACCUUGAAGAACGUGGCUAGAGAGACUUACUUGAAGAAAAACAACCUACCAGUGGAAAACGGCAUUGAUAAGAUGAAAGACGUUUGA